AUGGCUGGGGUGAGGGACCGGGAGUCUGCUGCACCCAAGGGCAUGUCCAUGGGUGGAGAGAAACCUCUGUCGGGGAUGCUCCAGGGCGGAGCAGACAAGCAGCAGAUGGAUGCUGAGCUUCGGAAGGAGAUGAUGGCCAUUUGGCCCAACUUGUCCCAGAAGACACUGGACCUGCUGGUCACACCUCACAAGUCCACGGACCUGACGGUGGGGAAGAUCUACGCAGCCAUGAUGAUCAUGGAGUACUACCGCCAGAGCAAGGCCAAGAAGCUGCAGGCCAUGCGCGAGGAGCAGAACCGGACACCCCUUAUGUUCCAGCGCAUGGAGCCCCCAUCUCCAACACAGGAGGGGGGACCUGGCCAGAAUGCCCUCCCCUCCACCCAGCUGGACCCAGGAGGAGGCCUGAUGGCUCACGAAGGCGGCAUCAAGGAGAGCCCAUCCUGGGUGACCCAGCGGGCCCAGGAGAUGUUCCAGAAGACGGGCACAUGGAGCCCAGAGCGGGGGCCCCCCACCGACAUGCCCAACAGCCAGCCCAACUCUCAGUCUGUGGAGAUGCGAGAGAUGGGCAGAGAUGGCUACUCGGACAGUGAGCACUACCUCCCCAUGGAAGGCCAGGCCCGGGCUGCCUCCAUGCCCCGCCUCCCCGCGGAGAACCAGACCAUCUCAGACACCAGCCCCAUGAAACGCUCAGCCUCCGUGCUGGGCCCCAAGGCCCGGCGCCUGGACGACUACUCGCUGGAGCGGGUCCCGCCCGAAGAGAACCAGCGGCACCACCAGCGGCGUCGCGACCGCAGCCACCGCACCUCCGAGCGCUCCCUGGGCCGCUACACCGACGUGGACACAGGUGGGCCGCCUGGCCAGGCCCAGAGACAGGAGGCUCUAAGAGGCUUGGGGACAGACCUGAGCAUGACCACCCAGUCCGGAGACCUGCCCUCGAAGGAGCGGGACCAGGAGCGGGGCCGGCCCAAGGAUCGGAAGCAUCGGCAGCACCAUCACCACCAC